AUGAAAAAACUGCACAAUAUUGAUGUUCUUUAUUCAUUAUUGUACGUUAAUAAUGAACAUCUAAACAGUCUAGCACAAGAAAAAAUCUUCAGUAACAUUCUUAAUUUUGUACCCAUCGACAAUGUUUCUUCAAUUGAUCGGCACAAAAUUGAUCGAUUUUGUAUCGAUAUAUUGGCAAAAAUUCGUCAAAAUGUGGAAUGUUUUAUUCUUGAACCCGUUUCAAUGAAACGCAUUCUUCUUGCUGCCGAUUAUCCAAAUCUAACUGAACUUAAACUUUUUAAUUUUGAUAAAGUCGCUUUAAAUUAUUUUACAAAUGAAUCACCUCUUCGAUAUAUCUUUGAAGAAAAAAUUACAAAACUUACUAUAGAAAAUAAUGAUCCAUACUACAGGAUAGGAUCAUUGGACAACUAUAAUAGAAAUGUGUAUCAACAUAUCUUGAAGUUUUUUAAAAAUUUAAAACAUCUGAGUAUUAUUGGAACAUUGGAUCCUUCAUAUCCACAUCAAACUUUAUCAAUCUGUGAUUCAUCAUCAACUGCUUUUUUCUCUUUAACUCUUACUUAUUUAUGUAUCAAUGUAUACACAUUAGAUGAUUGUCUUUAUUUACUUGAUGGUCGACUCAAACAAUUAACUACAUUUAUUAUUCGAAUAUCUAUCAUGGGCAAGUCUUUAUCAAUCAUUCACAAUAUGGAUGAUUUACCUAAUUUGAAAUGUUUUUCAUUCAAAUGUUGUCGUCCAAUUGAUAAAUAUGAUUAG